AUGGAGAUUGAGGUUGAAGUUAUCUCCAAGGAGACAAUAAAACCCUCUUCUCCAACUCCACACCAUCUUCACCAUUAUCAAUUCUCCUAUAUUGAUCAAUUAUCUCCAUCUGUCUUUGUCCCUUUGAUCUACUUCUACGAUAUUCUUGAUCACAAACUUGGCAACAAUGAUGUUUUAAGCAACCUGAAAUCAUCUUUGUCCAAGGUUCUCUGUCAUUAUUAUCCAUUAGCCGGCUGCCUGAAACAUAACCAUGCAGACUGCAACGAUGAUGGCGCGGUUUUCUUGAAGGCUCAAAAACAACAUGGGCUGGAAAAUUCCGUCCUUGCCAUCCAAGUCAACUUCUUUAACUGUGGCAGUUUUGCCACUGGUGUUCUCAUUUCACACAAGAUUGCAGAUGCUUCAUCAAUGAUAACGUUUAUCAAGAACUGGGCUGCUAAUGCUCCUGGAGAAAGCGCCAAUUUUUGUCCACAAUUUGUGUCUGCCACUCUCUUCCCACCUAAAGAUGUAGGUGGGUUAUCUAGCACAGAAGCUGUUCCAAAGAGAAAAACAUUGUGA